AAGAGCUCCAAGGAGAGGCGAGACGGAUGCAGACCUCCCUACGCCUAGAGCGGCCACGGAGGGAAAGAGACACUUCCGGGGCGGGGCUGCCGGGUCCCUUCCUUUCUGCGGGGGGGAAUGUGGACCGCUGGCAACAUUAAGGUUCGCGGUUGCUUGGCUGCAGCUUCCGUCAUUCUGAGACGGUGCCUAAGGGUGGCGGCGACCAUGGCCAAAAGCAAAUUCGAGUAUGUCAGGGAGUUCGAGGCUGACGACACCUGCCUGCCCCACUGCUGGGUGGUAGUGCGACUGGACGGCAGGAAUUUCCAUCGGUUUGCUGAGAAGCACAGCUUUGCAAAACCUAAUGACAGCCGUGCUCUCCACCUGAUGACCAAAUGUGCCCAGACCGUAAUGGAAGAACUGGAGGGUAUUGUGAUUGCAUAUGGACAGAGUGAUGAAUACAGCUUUGUGUUCAAGCGGAAAAGCAAUUGGUUUAAAAGAAGAGCCAGUAAGUUCAUGACUCACGUGGCCUCCCAGUUCGCCUCCAGCUAUGUGUUUUAUUGGAGGGAUUACUUUAAGGACCAGCCUCUUCUGUAUCCCCCAGGCUUUGAUGGAAGAGUUGUGGUGUAUCCCAGCAAUCAGACCUUAAGGGACUACCUCAGCUGGCGGCAAGCAGAUUGUCACAUCAAUAAUCUCUAUAAUACAGUUUUCUGGACACUUAUACAACAGUCUGGACUAACACCAGUACAAGCCCAAGAGAGAUUACAGGGAACUCUUGCAGCAGAAAAGAAUGAGAUUUUGUUUUCUGAAUUCAACAUCAACUACAAUAAUGAGCCGCCAAUGUAUAGGAAAGGGACUGUGUUAAUAUGGCAGAAGGUGGAUGAAGUCAUGACAAAAGAAGUUAAGCUGCCAGCAGAAAUGGAAGGAAAAAAGAUGGCAGUGACCCGGACCAGGAAUAAGCCAGCGCCCUUGCAUUGCGAUAUCAUUGGGGAUGCUUUCUGGAAGGAACAUCCAGAGAUCCUAGAUGAAGACAGCUGACCCUUUGCUCUUUAGUUCUGGUGUGCUUAACCAUCCAAGCCCACCUCCACCGGGUCUCCUUGCCUUCAGUGCCCUAACAUCCCGACCACCCAGAACACUGUGCCAGAAAUGGCAUGACUCAAGUUGGGAGAGGAACAGGGAAAGAGGGGAUGGAUGGGGGCGGUGUAUCUUGUUCUGCUUAAGCGGAACACUUUUUUUUUUUUAAACAGUGUGGAACAUGGUUCCUUUGGUAGAAGUGCAUUUUUUAAAAAAUCGUGGUACUAUUUUUGUAAAGCAAGAGCUGUU